AUGGCGACUGCAGCACCGUCACCCCUGGCCAGCUCGAGAGAGAAGACAAAUGGAAACAAGCUAAGCAGACUUCUCAUCGAUGGCGGAACAAUGGUGCUGAGGAAUGUUUUCGAUCAUUAUCACCCACCUACCAACUUGGCUGCUAAUCUCAGUUCCACACGUAUUCAUUCCAUUCUUACUAGACUUCGGCAUAGAAAAAUUCUGAAUGGUAGUCAAUGGGACAAACUGUUUCCACCACCAGGUGGAGGGACACCAAACUCUAUUAACUUUGACAUCACUCUUCUUUUCCUUCUACUAACCAACAUUUGUGGUUUAUCCCCUCCCGCGUCAGACUGGCAUGCUAAGCCAUCCCCUAGUGACAACUCUCUUGAGGCUAACCUUGCUCGCGUUAAGUUCUUUCGGAAUGAGCUAUAUGGUCACGUGACUUCCACCGGUGUAGAUGCGACCUCUUUCUCCUCCUUCUGGCAAGAAAUAAGCACGGCUCUUCGAUCUCUCGGUUUAGAUCAAGCAGAAAUUGACAGACUGAAGGCAGAGCAGGGUGGAGAGCAAGAUUACCUUGAUGCCUUAAUUGAGUGGGCUGACAGUGAACAGGAAAUAAUAACACAGCUGACGGAUAUCCGCCAGACGCAACUAAGACUCAGUAAAACAGUUGAAGAUAGCACUUUAAAGAUGGAAGAGCUACGUCAAUCCCUAAGCAAAACUCAGGAUGUUCUAGAUGAAGCAGUGGAAAUAGAACUCAAAGGACAACUAGAAAUGAGGACAGCACAGUCACGUUUAGAGAGAGUAUGUGAAUCUCAGUCCAAAACCAGCCAAGCUGUAGACGAAAUUCGUGAAUCAAUUCAAGAAGUGAAACUGGAAGUAAAAAGCUUGACGCAAAAGAGAAACGAGCAGGCAGAUGAGGUGCUGAGAACUCUUGUCAAGUCCGAAUUCAAAGGAGACAUAGAAUUUCAUGAAAAGAAAUUCCAGGAAGGAACUCGUGAGUGGAUCUUCAAAAGCAUUGAAGACUGGUUAGAUGACCAGAGCUCGCCACAUCGGGUGAUGGUAAUCAGUGGAAAUCCAGGGAUGGGAAAGACUGUUGUCUCCGCUGUUGUUUCGCAAAGAAUGCAAAGCGCUGGAAGAUUGUCAGGAAGCCACUUUUGUCAGCAUGACAACUCACGGUACCGAGAUCCACGUUUAAUGCUCCAGUCUUUGGCCUGUCACUUGUGUCAAGCGAUACCAAAUUACAAAGAUGCCCUGGUGGAACAGCUGUCAAGAAAUCUGGGUAAAGACCUCAAGAACAUGGAUGUAAAAGAGCUUUUUGCGUUGCUGUUCAAAGAGCCUCUAAGCACAGUACAAGAUCCUGGAAGAAACACCCUAAUAGUCAUAGAUGGCCUUGAUGAAAGCGAGUACCAAGGACGCAAUGAGCUUCUACAUGUAAUCAGUAACCACUUUUCUAUGCUUCCAGUUUGGAUUAGAAUUUUGAUCACAACUCGUCCAGAGAGGAGCAUAAUAGACGCAUUGCGACAUUUAGAGCCAAUCGAGCUUGAACAAAAGCAAGAAGAGAACUUAAAUGACAUUCGAACCUUGUUUGAAAUACAGCUCAGCCACAAAAUUGGUGAAGAGCAUAAAGAUAUUCUCUUGAAAGAGCUGGUUAAGAAAUCAGAAGGCUUGUUUAUUUACGCUUACUUUAUAGUGGUUUUUAUCCAAAAGAAUGUUUCAAUUCUCACCCCUCAUCAGCUACAAAGCGUAUUACCUUCCGGUAUUUCAUCCGUUUACUUGUCCUAUUUCAAACGAUUAGAAAAUGAACUUUGCAAAGAGCUUAAUGCAGAUGAGGAACAUUUUUUGCGUUUCCUGUGUGCAUUGAUCGCUUCAAGAGAGCCCCUGCUAGUGGAAUUCAUUGGAAAAAUUCUAAACCCAGGAGGAGAAUCUUUGACUGCGCAGCGAGAAGCUAACAAAGCAGUAUCAUGCAUCUCUACACUGCUACCAGUUCGGGAGGGUCGUCUUCACUUCUUUCACAAGUCAGUCAAGGACUGGUUAAUAGGAUCCUCACCCUACGACAAACAGCAUGAUUUCACCGUGGACGAGAAAAAAGGUCAUAACGUCCUCUCUGAACUUUGUGCUUCUGAACUCGAUAGCAUCAAGAGAAAAGGGGUUCAUGACAGACAGUUCACGAAUACUGAGUCGUAUGCUUUGCGUCAUGGUAUCCAGCACAUGCUUGAGGUCAACGAUCAUGACUGGGCGGACAAAUCCCGAACCAACAGUGUCACAGCAGAGCAGAUCUACAAAUACGCAACGGACCUGGAGCUUAUUUAUGGAAAACUUCUUGUUAAGAGCACAACCGCCUUAGAAGAUCUUUACAGUCUUCACAUUAAGAAUUCCAGUUUAUUAAGAGAGGAAAGAGGUUUCGUUAUGACCUCUCUGGUUAGUCUUCUAAGAAAACACUCAUAUAUCUUGGUUGAUCACCCUCAUCUAUUUUUCCAAUCUUUGAUUAACGAAGGGAUUCCUGAAUUGUCGUCUUCAGCAGCAGAUAUCCUUGAGUCGUCAACGCCCAAAAUAGCCUACAUGAAAUACUUAGACAGAGAAGAACAGAAGGGAGCUGAAAAGGCACGAUUUUACUGUUCAGACAAAAUCGUUUGUUUUGAUGUUUCACCUGAAAUGGACUACUUGGUGUGCGAAUGUCGAGAUGGAACUAUCUAUCUGUGGUCUAUUCUGACAGGCAACGAGAUAUGGGUUCGACCAACACUGACGAAGAAAGUGUUCUACUCUGGAUAUCCAGACAACAGCGCAUACCGUGAUGGAGGCUAUUCUUUGUCCUACUACCGUUCGGUAACGUUUCAUCCAAACGGGAAAUUUGUGCUCCCGGGGACCCUCCGAUAUGGCUAUUCCAUACUGACUGGAGACAAAGAAGACCUUUUCCCUGACAGUGACUGUGUGUUCUCAAAUUUCGUCUUUUGCAAGGAGAAGAAGGAAAUUCUAACUGACUCCCAAAAUAAGCCGGAUAGGUUAGCCCUGUGGAAUACGGAAGAUGGUAAAAAAGUUUUGGACAUUGUUGGUCCGUGGGCAGACGAAAUUUUUUCUUUUACCAUUUCUGAAGAUGGGUCAGUAGUUGCUAUUUCCUACGUGACUGGUAAAAUUAAUCUUCUUGAUCCAGCAGUUAACCCAUGUCGUCCGCCGAUGAGAACUAUUAAUAGUCGAUCGGUGGCAUGUGGGCUGAUGCAUUUCACAUCCGAUAAGAACACUCUUCUUUGCGGGUUUCUUGAUAUUACCUUCCGCGGACGCCAUGACUCGUAUAAACGUUUCUUUUAUGGACCAACUGACUUAGCAAUUUUCAGAAGUUCUGAUAAGUACUAUUUUGCUCAUCUUCAUUCUAAAACAUUCAGAUUAUGGCCAGGCGAUUCGUCAGGCACUUUGGACUUAAAGGAUUUUAUAAUGGAGGACAAGAGCUGCUACUGGCUUAGACAAGUGGAUAAAGUAAUCCCCAGUAGUUUUUUGUAUGCAGGUUCCUACAUCAGAUUCGAUGAUAAGUCAGCAUUGGUUGGUAGCCCAGCUUCCAAAUACAUCACGAUGUUGAAUACUGACGUGGCGUUUGAUUCGCGAAACGGUGGAGAGGUCAAAGAGAUUGCCUGUUCUCUUAAAGAAGAUACUAUUUAUUCCACUACUUCAGAGUUUGUUAAAGAUUCUUUAGACUCAAGUAGAAAGGUAACAUUGGUUACUGCUUUGAGAAUGUCAAACCGCGAGGAAUUGAACACGAUAGAACUCCCCGGCUGUGUUUCCAUCUUUCCAACAAGGGAUGGUGCAGUACUUUUAAAAGAUGACGGCGCAGAGUUAUUGACCUUUGACAUGUCCAAAUCUCUUCGGUACCUUCCCGAGGUUACCAGAUUUGACGGCCAUCAUUUUUCUAUUUCAGAGGAACGGAUAGCCCGUUUUUGUUCUAAUUCUUCUGAACUGAUUGUCUUUAGGUCAGAUCCGAUAGGGAACCGUUUAUGGCAGCGCUUCGUUAUCCAAUUUUUGGACGUCACCAGUGCUAGAAGCUGCAGGAUUAUCUCAUCGCUAGAGAUCUUUUUAGAUCGCAAUGAACAGCUACUUUCAGUUCCGGUAUGUAGUAAUCCAAGUCAGGGGUUACUUUGUACUGCAUCGGAGAAGGUUACAGUCAGUUUAUUGAAAAAUGGUGCAAUUCAGUGGGAAAGAACGUGUUGGACUGAUUCAGCUACAGUAAUAACCGCGAUUAAACCACAAAUGCUUUUUUCUCCUAAAAGUGAGCUCGUUGUCACGUGGAACACUCUUGACGAAGGUCAAGGCUUGCAUAUACUUAAUGCAGAUACGGGAGAAACAAAACACGUCUUCCUUAGAGACCACACCGACAUUGAAAUUGUUGACUGCAAGUUUUUAGAUGAUGAAUCGCUGGUUUGCUGCAGUGAGGACAACUUCCUUCGAUUGUAUAAUCUCGAGGCUGGAGAUCUGCUAAGUGUUCUAGACAUUGCAGAGCAACCGUUCUGUUUGGGAGCUUGUUUGUACCAGCCUCUAGUCGCCAUUGGUUUGUCCGGCGCAAGAACAAAAUUCAUCCAUGUACAGUUGCCAAAAGAAACUAAGAAGAAAGAAAGGUUAGUUUCUUUUCUUUUCAACAGUUUUUUGGGCACUGAGAUAAAUUAA